AUGACUCGCAUUCUCGAAGGGAAAUUUGGCAUUGUCACCGGCGGAUCGCGAGGCAUUGGAGAAGCCAUUGCCCGCAAUCUGGCCGAAAAAGGUUGCUCACUGCUGCUAAACUUCACAUCCGAGUCAUCGCGCGCUCCCACCGAAGCAUUGUGUUCCUCCUUGGCCAUAACCCAUAACAUCAAAUGUGAGAGCGUACAAGCCGACCUCAGCAAGCCCGCCGAAGCCGUGGAAGCCAUCAUCGCCGCCGCAAAACAACAUUUCAGCGUCCAAGACAAGCUCCAGAUCGACAUCCUCAUCAACAACGCCGGAGUCUCCCAAGACCGCAAUCUAAACGACACCAACAAAGGCCCGAUCGAGGCCGAGCACUUCAACUGGCAAUACGCAAUCAACGUCCUCGCCCCUCUCCUCCUCACACAGGCCUGCCACCCUUACCUCCCUACCGACCGCAGCGGUCGCAUCGUCAGCAUCUCCAGCGUAUCCUCCUCACUAGGAUUCGUGGGCCAAUCAAUCUAUGGCGGUACCAAGGCUGCCAUCGAAGCUAUGACCCGUACCUGGGCACGCGAGUUGGCUGACCGUGCAACCGUCAAUGCCGUUAACCCCGGCCCGGUUGUGGGUGAUAUGUACUUUGCUACUGGAGAGCAGUUCUGGAAGGAUAUUCAGGGUUACCAGGAUAACACGCCGUUGAGCAAAUUGGAUGUCAACAAUCAGGAUACGAUGAAUCGCUUGACGGAUGAGCAGAAGCGGUUGAUCCAGGAGAAGAUGGGUGGUCGGCGUCCGGCGUUCACUAGUGAGGUUGCUGGUGUUGUGGGCAUGUUGUGCACGCCUGAUGCGCUUUGGUGUACUGGGAGUGUGGUGUGUGCUAACGGUGGUAUGAAGAUGGGGCAAUAG